CCGCCGCCGCUGCUGGACAAAGCCGAAGCGGCGCCGCGGGCCGAGGCCGGCGGGUUCUCGGCCUGUGCCGGCGUCAGGCCCCCUCCCCUCGGCGGGGCUCGCGCCGCUCGGCGGCCCGCUGUCUCCCCGCCCGGCCCAUGAGGCCGCUGUGGCUCUGGCCGGCGCUGGGCUGCCGCUCGCUGCCGGGGGCGGCGGCUCCCCUAGAGCGCGGCCCGGGAGCCGGGCGGAUGCCCCAGCGGGGAGCGGCUCCCGGCGGGAGGGCGGGGGCUGAGGGGCCCGAUGCUGCUGCCGCCGCCUGCGGGAGACGAGGCCCGUGCACCCCAGGAUGAAUGAAAUGAACCUGAGUUCGGUAGGGAUGGACCAGCUGACCUCAUCCUCUGUGAGCAAUGCCCUGCCUGUCUCAGGAAGUCACUUGGGACUGACUGCAUCACCCACUCACAAUGCCAUACCAGCAUCAGGCUUGCCUGUUGCAAUUCCAAACUUGGGCCCCUCCUUGAGUUCUUUGCCCUCAGCCCUAUCUCUGAUGCUCCCAAUGGGUAUUGGAGAUCGAGGAGUGAUGUGUGGUAUACCAGAGAGAAACUACACCCUACCUCCACCACCUUAUCCUCACCUGGAGAGCAGCUACUUCAGACACAUUCUACCUGGUAUUUUAUCUUAUUUAGCUGACAGACCUCCACCUCAGUACAUCCAUCCCAACACUAUAAAUGUCGAUAGCAAUUCAGCUUUAUCUGUCUCCAAUAAUCCUUCAGCCCUAGAUCCCUUCCAGCCCAGUGGAACUGUGGGACUGGAACCAGGGAUUGUCUCCAUGGACUCUCGUGCAGUGAACACACACGGUGCUCAAAGCCUGCACCCUAGUGACAGCCAUGAUGUAGCACUGGAUACCACAAUCGCUAUGGAGAGUGUUUCAAGGGUAACCAGUCCAAUAUCUACUGAUGGGAUGACUGAGGAGCUUACGAUGGAUGAUGUAGCUGGGGAUCAUUCACAAAUCCCAAAUGGCUCCCGGAAUCAUGAACCAUUAGCUGUGGACACGGUAGGCAGUAACUUGGCUUCAGAUGCAGUGGGUCAUAGUGGUGUCAUACCCAUUCAUGGUAGCACUUUGGAGCUUCCUGUUGUCAUGGAGCCUGACCACAUUGCAGGCCGGGUAAGCGGUAUAUCGGACAGCACACUAAAUGACUCCAUACAUACCGUGGCCAUGAGCACCAACUCUGUGAGCGUGGCGCUCUCUACCUCACACAACCUAACUUCCCUGGAAUCUGUCUCCUUGCAUGAAGUGGGCCUCAGUCUCGAGCCUGUGGCUGUCUCUUCCAUAAACCAGGAAGUAGCCAUGGGGCCAGGCCAUGUGGAUGUGUCUUCAGACAAUCUUGCCUUUGUACCAUCAUCUCUGCAAAUGGAAGACUCCAAUUCAAACAAGGAGAAUAUGGCUACCUUGUUUACCAUAUGUGAGUGUGCAGGGUGCACGCUGUGUGACAAGGCCUACCCAUCAGACUGCCCAGAUCAUGGGCCUGUAACUUUCAUUCCUGACACCCCAAUAGAGAGCCGAGCCAGACUUUCUCUCCCAAAACAGCUUGUUCUCCGGCAGUCUAUCAUGGGACCUGAAGUAGUCAGUGCCUUUCUGCUGAUAGGUGUGUGGACUCGGGAGACCAUUCCUGUGAGGACUUGCUUUGGACCUCUGAUUGGGCAACAGAGUCACUCUUUGGAAGUAGCAGAUUGGACAGACAAGGCAACCAAUCACAUUUGGAAGAUGUACCACAAUGGCGUCCUGGAGUUCUACAUCAUUACAACUGAUGAAAAUGAGUGUAACUGGAUGAUGUUUGUACGCAGAGCUCGGAAUCGAGAAGAGCAGAAUCUGGUAGCUUAUCCCCACGAUGGAAAAAUGUACUUCUGCACCUCGCGGGACAUCCCUCCUGAACAAGAGCUUCUCUUUUAUUACAGUCGGGAUUAUGCUAGACAGAUUGGUGUCCCUGAACACCCAGAUGUGCAUGUCUGUCACUGUGGAAAGGAAUGCACUUCCUAUACAGAGUUUAAGGCCCAUCUGAGCAGCCACAUCCAUAACCACCUCCCCAGCCAGGGGCACAGCAGCAGCCAUGCAUCGGGCCACAGUAAGGAAAGGAAGUGGAAGUGCUCCAUGUGCCCCCAAGCUUUCAUUUCUCCUUCCAAACUUCAUGUCCAUUUCAUGGGACACAUGGGCAUGAAGCCACACAAGUGCGAUUUCUGUAGCAAAGCUUUCAGCGAUCCCAGCAACCUCCGGACUCACCUCAAGAUACACACAGGUCAGAAAAAUUAUCGCUGUGCCCUCUGUGACAAGUCGUUCACCCAAAAGGCUCACCUGGAAUCACACAUGGUCAUCCACACUGGGGAGAAGAACCUGAAGUGCGAUUACUGUGACAAGCUGUUCAUGCGGAGGCAGGACCUCAAACAGCAUGUACUCACCCACACACAAGAACGGCAGAUCAAGUGUCCCAGGUGUGACAAGCUGUUCCUGAGGACAAAUCACCUGAAGAAACAUCUCAACUCCCAUGAAGGAAAGAGGGACUAUGUGUGUGAAAAAUGCUCCAAGGCUUAUCUAACCAAAUACCACCUCACUCGCCACCUAAAAAUCUGUAAAGGCCCCACAUCCAGUCUCUCAGCCCAGGAAGAGGAGGAUUCAGAGGAGGAAGAACUAAUAGAGUCAGUGAGGACUGAAGACUGUAGGAUUAACAGUGGAGUGUAUGCAACAGAUGACUCGCUCUCUGGACAUAAGUGACGAAAGAUGGAGGAAAACUUUAGAUGUAAAAUUGGGGAGGAAAAGUCA